UUCAGAGCAAACACCAUGAGUAUCUCAGCUCUCGGAGGAAGCAGCAAAGGGAAGCCUCUCCCACCGGGCGAGGAGGAACGCAAUAAUGUCCUCAAGCAGAUGAAGGUUCGGACCACGCUGAAGGGGGACAAGAGCUGGAUCACCAAGCAGGAUGAAUCAGAGAGCCACACCCUUGAGCUGCCCUCAGGCCGGAGUCGUGCCAUAUCUUUUUCUUCAGCUGGGGAGGUCCCGAAGGCCAGGCCCCCGAGCACGAGGGCUCCCACUGGCUAUAUCAUCCGGGGCGUGUUCACCAAGCCUGUAGACAGCUCGUCUCAGCCCCAGCAGCACUUCCCCAAGGCCAACGGAGCUCCAAAAAGCGCUGCCGGUCCGGGGAAAGCAGCUCCUGCUGGGCCUCCCCGCCCCUCCUCCUCUGGCUACAGGAUGACCACAGAGGAUUACAAGAAGCUGGCACCCUACAACGUCAGGCGCAGCUCAGCGUCAGGGGCUGCUGAAGAGGAGGAGGUGCCCUUCUCUUCUGAUGAGCAGAAACGGAGGUCAGAGGCUGCCAGCAGUGUGGUGAGGAAGACAGCUCCCCGGGAGCACUCCUACGUCCUGUCGGCGGCCAAGAAGAGUGCCAGCAGCCUUGCCCAGGAGACACCGGCCCCGUUCAUCGCAAAGAGGGUUGAGGUGGUGGAUGAGGACGGGCCUUCCAAGAAAAGCCAGGACCCACCUGCUCUGGCACGAUCCCCUCCCGGCUCGAGCAGUGCGGACGGGGGCAGAGCCAAACUGUCUUGGGCGAUUUGGAUGGAGUGCACGCCCAGCCUGCCUAGCCCCACUGGGACUCGGGAGCCCAGUGCAAGAGGCGAGGAGACUGCCCGCCUGCGGAUCACGACACCCGGGGCGGGACUCCGCCUGGUGGCCCCAGACCUGGAAGAAACGAGGUCUUCCCCAGGCUCCAAAGACAACGAAGCCCCCAACCCCAGAGAGCCCAAGAGAGACUUGACUGGUGAAAGGGCCUUCAAGGGCCUUGAUGCAGACUCUGAAAGAUCAAGUGCACAGUCAAGUGACGGCAACGUGGGAUCCGGAGCCACGGGCUCCACACCUGAAGGCUUGGCUGGAGCAGACAUCAGCUCUGGGAGAGGAGGGCUGUGCUCACCUGCUGUCUUUACCCCUCUCCUGGAUGAUCAGGAGGUGCCCAGUGCCAACUCACAGCCUCAUAAGCCUGGACCAGCAGCCACCAGCUCUGGUGCCACUUCUGCCUCUGCUGUCCUGGCUGACAGGAAGAGCAACAGCCCAGCACACCUGGAGGACAGGGAGACGGACCCAAAGGGCACCUUGGCUGAUUUUGAGGACGGGAAUGUGGUCACCAAGGUGGGAGACUCCUGGCAGGGGAGGCCUGGAGCCCAGCAAGAUGACCGGGGAGACCCAGCUGCACCCACCCAGAAGCCGGCAGACCCCAGCAGCCCCGAGCAGCAGAGCAGCCCCAGAAAUCCUGAGCAGCACCUGGAAGUGGACAGCCAGGCCAGCAGGAUGAGGAACCCCUCAAGCUGUACGGUCACUGUUGCUGUCACUGCCACCUCUGAGCAGCCUCAUGUUUAUGUGCCAGCCUCCCCGAGUGAAUUGGAGUCUAACUCAACCAGCAAAGGGAUUCUCUUUAUGAAGGAGUACGUGAAUGCUGGUGAGGUAUCUUCCGGGAAGCCACUGUCUUCAUUCUACAGCAGCGUCGGCAGCACUGAGGACUCAGGCCACAUGGAGAAGAAACUCCCACGUGACAGCACUCCAUACUCUGAGAGAACAAGUGGAGGGAUCUGUACUUACUGCAACCAGGAGAUCGGAGACUGUCCGAAGAUUACCUUAGAACAUCUUGGCCUUUGCUGCCAUGACUAUUGCUUUAAGUGUGGGAUUUGCAGUAAACCGAUGGGUGAGCUUCUGGAUCAGAUCUUCAUUCACCGUGACACCAUCCACUGUGGGAAAUGCUAUGAGAAGCUCUUCUAGCUCCUCCAGGCUAACAAGAAGCUGAUAACUCCUGGACAAGUUUGACUGUCCCCACUUGCCCCAAGUUGCUGACUCUUCUUCCCUCACUUCCUCUCGCC